CAAAGUGUCAUUUGAUGACGUCUCGGUACAUCACUUCACUUCACUUACCUACCUAUCGUUGUGUUUACUACUUCCCGGGUUUUUGUGUCAUCUCCCUUUUUCCUUCAAUUUUUUUAAUAUUGUCUGCGUUGCACAAGCUGUACGACGUACAUGGAUAUACCAUAACGUAUUCAUACACUGUAAAUACAUUAGAUAAGAAGAUUAUUGAUAAUACCGCCUCAUCUAUUAAAUAAAACUUAUAAAGAUAACAACUGCAGUAUAAAGAUUAAUCCGUAACGAGUGUAGUGUGUGAUCAUAAUAAUGUCUGAAUAUGGAAAAUUCGGUCCUCUAAUUGGUGCCAUUGACGAGGGCACCUCAAGUGCGCGAUUCAUUAUUUUCAAAGCUAAUUCUUCAGAAGUUGUAGCAUAUCACCAAAAGGAGCUUGAGCAAAUUUUUCCUCAAGAAGGAUGGGUUGAACAAGAUCCGAACGCAAUUUUAGAGGUGGUUACGACAUGCAUACAGAAAGCAGUUGAGUCUUUGGUGUCAUUAGGAGGAUCAGCUAAGGAUAUAAUUGCUGUUGGUGUAACUAACCAAAGAGAGACAACAAUAGUUUGGGACCGAAGCACAGGCAAACCUUUGCACAAUGCGAUUGUUUGGUUAGACAUGAGAACUUCUUCAACUAUUGACAAGUUAUUGGACACGGUACCCAAUAAAACAAGGAACAAAAAUUAUUUAAAGCCAUUAUGUGGACUUCCUUUGUCACCUUACUUCAGUGCAGUAAAAUUAAGAUGGCUGAGUGACAAUGUGGAUGCUAUAAAGAAUGCUAUGAAGAAAGGUACAUGCUGUUUCGGGACAGUUGAUACUUGGAUCAUCUGGAAUUUGACAGGUGGUCCCAAUGAUGGGAAACACGUCACCGAUGUAACUAAUGCAUCAAGAACUAUGAUGAUGAACAUUGAGAACCUGGACUGGGAUCCAUUGUUGCUAAAGUUUUUUGAAGUUCCUAAAAGUGUGUUACCGGAAAUUAAGUCUAGUUCUGAGGUCUAUGGUUACAUAGCUGAUGGUCCACUGAAAGGUGUACCAAUAGCUGGUUGUCUUGGAGACCAACAGGCCGCCUUAGUUGGCCAAAUGUGCUUGCAAAAGGGCCAGGCAAAGGCUACAUACGGAACUGGUUGCUUUGUACUUUAUAAUACAGGCGAUAUUCGCGUCAAUUCUGGCCGAGGUCUGUUGACUACAGUUGCUUAUCAGUUAGGAAGCAAAAGCCAGCCUCACUAUGCCCUUGAAGGAUCAGUAGCUGUUGCCGGAGCUGCUCUAGGAUGGCUUAGAGAUAAUAUUGGCCUUUUGGAGAGUGCAAAAGAUUCUCAAGGUUUAGCUGAGAAAGCUACAGAGAAUGGUAGUGUUGUAUUUGUACCAGCCUUCAGUGGUUUGUAUGCACCGUAUUGGCGUCAAGAUGCUAGAGGUGUUAUAUGCGGAAUCUCUGAGGAUACAAAUUCCAAUCAUAUUGUAAAGGCUGCCCUCGAAGCUGUCUGUUUUCAAGUGCGGGAUAUACUCGAUGCUAUGAAUGAAGACUGCGGUAUUCCUCUGCAAUUGCUUAAGGUGGAUGGUGGUAUGACUUCUAAUGCUUUAGUCAUGCAAAUGCAAGCUGAUUUAAUUGGAAUCAACGUAAUAAAGGCUGGAUUUACUGAGAGCACCGCUUUAGGGGCUGCGCUCUGUGCCUAUUGGGGAGUGGAGCCUUCUAAGCAAGGCUCUCCCAUACCGAUGACCAGUGGAACAACAUACACCUCUCUUAUAACUGAUGACGAAAGAGAUAUGCGGUACAAACAGUGGAAGAUGGCCGUCGACCGAUCUCUAGGAUGGGAACAAAACUAAGUACCUAAUAAUUAUAUCAAAAUUCUAAUAAUGCCUUACACAUAAAUCAAAGCAAUAACAUUUCAUAUACAACUGUUACAUAUUUAUAAACAUUUUUUUGUUUAAUGUGCAAUACAGAGACUGAUACGUACGAUAUUUUUAAAUUAAACUGUUAUAAUUAAUUGGAUACAAUAAUAGACAAUAGUAGAGUCAGUACAAAUACCCUGUUAGGUACAUGUUUAGGUAGCAUUAUCUUUGUUAAAAAA